AUGACCGGAUCAGAUUUGGAAAACAAACAAUCAGAGGAGAAAGCAACACAAAUCAAAGCAUUCAUUUGCAUGGUCUUCUGUUCCCUUCUGAUGGGUGUAACUGUUAUUUCUAUAGCGGAUUUUGCUAACUCUUUUUGGGAUGACCAAUUUAUUUGCAACGCACCUGAUCCUUAUGUUCUUGAAGAUGGAGUUACACUCGUUCUCAGGGCUCCAGCGUACCCGACAUGCCAGGAAUGCAGCCAGCAACAUGUACCAGGCUCUUCAUCUUCAAGUUCUUCAUCGCAAUCUUCACCUGGGGGUAACUUCGAGAGUGAGUGUGGACCUGGCUGCUACGUGUACCAUGACGACAGGAACUGCCCCUUGACGAUCAAAUCUGAAACGGAACAGAUCACCUACAGGCUCAAAUUCCUCGACGUCGAUCCACUAAAUGAUUGUGGCGAUUAUUUAUCAAUUAUUGGAAGAGAAGAGAAUCUCUGCGGAUACUACUCUAGUAAAUUGGAGAUCGAUACAAUUGCGAAUGAAAUCCAAGUUCUCUGGAACAGCGACUCUAUUCCGAAUGACGAUCAUGAAGGAUUCGAACUCUGGAUCUGGUCUCGAGAUCCGAAUGAACGAUCUUCUGGUCCUGCUUUUGAAAAGAUCCAACCUUCGAAGCUUGCAGAGGAUCGACUUUCAGAAGAAGAAAGAGCGGAUUUGAAAACAGAAGCAGAAAAACGAUUCGAAAAAAUUGUCCGAUACUGA